UGGGGAAAGAGAUAAAACAGAGCGCAGAGCAGUGAUUGACUAGCAGGCAUUUCGAGGCGGCCGCAGCAGCAGCAGCAGCAGCAGCACCGCUGUCUCCUUGGCGGCGUCGCAGUGGUAGAUCAGAUGCGUUUCCUUGUUCCCUUCCCCUUCGUCUAAACUACACUACUAGUAUUCACAAUAAUUUUCGGAAUCGAAGCUCCAGAGGAGAGACAAGAAGCAACAACAGCAGCAGCCUCUGCUUCUUUCCGCUCGCUGACACCAAGAAAAAGCAGACGCGGAGAGAGAGAGAUCUGUCGCAUUCUUCACUCCAAAGAUGCUGCUGCUUUUUCCGAUUUUUGGAAGAAAAGGCCGUGAAUUGAUGCGGCGAUCAAGAGCGGAGUAGAGGGGGAAGAAGAUUGGGCGGUUCUACAGCAGCGAGAGCGACCAUUCUCUCCUUCUCGCUUCCAAAGCUUGCUCCUUUACUCCGGCGAAAGUGGGGAUCGGGAAGAAAAGGCCGUGAAUUGAUGUGUUACCAAGCGGCUGCGGUGAGGGAGAAGAGGAAUACAUAUGCAGCGAAGGGAGAGUGAUCAUCUCGCCUCUUCCCCCUUGAAGUUUGCUCCAUUUUUUGCGCUUUUCUUCGGCGAAGGCAGGGGUCGGAGGAAGAAAAGCCGGCUAGUAAUCGAUGUGUUAGCACUUAGCUAGCGACGGAUCGGAGUGGAGGGAGAAAAGGAGGAGAAGAGCAUGGCCGCUGGAUUCCCUUUCGGAAGCGGCGUCGGUGGCGAAGGCCACCGAAAGAUGCCGCUGACGGGGAAUUUCUUCCUCUACGGCGGCGGUAGCCGGAACGAUGACAUAGAAGGUAGCGGCUACACUCGCAGCUUCGAGCUGACGCGGCAGCAGGGGCAGGGGCAGGAGCAGUCGCCGUAUUUGGGCUUCCCCGACGAGGUACCGAUUGUGCGUUCCACCGCCGUCGCCGCUGCUGGCACCGGAGGGAAGAGCUGCCAGGACUGCGGCAACCAGGCGAAGAAGGACUGCACCCACCUCCGUUGCCGUACCUGUUGCAUGAGCCGCGGAUUCCCCUGCUCCACCCACGUGAGGAGCACGUGGGUUCCUGCCGCCAAGCGCCGCGAGCGCCAGCAGCAACUCUCCGCCGCCGUCACCACCGCGUAUGGAGGAAAUCUCGAGUCUGAGAUCUUCCCGCCGGAAGUGAACGCAGAGGCAAAGUUCCGCUGCGUGCGCGUCAGCGCCGUCGACGACGCCGACGAAAAGUACGCCUACCAGACCACCGUCCACAUCGCGGGCCACCUCUUCAAAGGCAUCCUCUACGAUCACGGCGCCGCCACCGACCUCCCCCAACUCACCGGCGAAGCAUCCACUUCCUCUGCCACCGCCCGCGACGCCGCGGCGCCGGAGCUCCUCGAUCAAUGCCCAAGCACUCCCCUCGUCGCCUUCGUCUCCGGUAGUCCGCCGCCGUUUUCCCUCCACCGACAGAGACACAACUAAUUAAUCUGAUUAAUCAAUCAAAUAGUGUACGAUCAAACAUUACUCCUCAAUCAAUCACACUGAAUUGGCAUGGAUGAAUGCCGCCAUGGUAGCUCCAAAAAGGAGGAACGAGAUUAAGGAAGAAGAAUGAUUCUGUAGGGAAUGCUGGAAGGAUCUCUCUGUUCGAGACAAAGGGAAUCGUUGAAGCCUGAAGGACGUCUCGAAGAAUAUUUUGAAAGUUUUGAGAAUUUCUUGAGGUAUUUUAAGAACACAAACAUUCAAUUUAUUAUCUAUGAAUCUAUAGAGGCAAUACGUAAAGAUAUUGUAGAUCGAUAAGAUAAUAUAAAUGAAUUAUAAAAUGAUUAAAAAGGAAAUUCAGAGGCAGCAGCGGUGCAGCAUCAUGAGCAUCAUCAGCAGUAGCGUGUACUUCUUCUCGGAAGAAGAUGAAGGGUUUUAAAAGGGUAUUUCAAGAGAGGGUAGAUUGGUCGACUAAAAGAUCUCAGGAUCAUUUUGACGUUCAAAUUAAAGUUUGCUUGAGAUGGUAUUUUGAAAUAAGAAGAUCAAGAAGAAGGGUACCUAGAAUUUGAAGAACUUAAAGAGAAAUCAGAAUUCUUUUUCAUUGAGUAUCUAUAGUUGUCUUAAGAG